GACACGUUACGUCAUGGUAGACGAACUUAGAAAAAGUGCGAUGAGAUCUUUUCUUCAAAUGUUCUCCCAAAAACCCAUAUUCUCCUCUUUGUGCGGAAAGACCUUAGUCGUAUGGCCUGGUGGUCGUACAAAUGUGCCGGAAAGUGUUUUCAUUCAGCAGAUGCUGCAAGAAUGUCGGCAAAUGGAAAAACCGGACGCUUCGGUGGAUCUCAAUAAUUUCAAAGCUAUUUCGGAGCAGUCUCCCGCCAAGUUCAUCAUCGAUUCCUGCCGCGUGAAGGCACAACCGGAGGAUCGAGGUCCCAGCAUACAAAAACAAAUCGCAUCCGCCUAUCCGGUGAUUCACGAACGUACCCUUCUGCUCUUUAUCAGCUUCUUGGAGCACAAGCUCAAGUUCGGCAGCGAGCAGGAGAAGGCCCUCUACAAGGACAUGACUGUGAUUGACCUAGUGCAGCGCCUGCUGGCGAAGAGAUGUGUGUGGUUCUUUGGCGAUGGCGACUAUUACUGCACAAUGCAGGGAAAAAUUGGACACGGGGGCUUCGAAGCAGUGGGCACUGCCGCCGAAACGGAUCCCCUCACCCUGACCUCGGUGCUCAGCUACGACGAGAUCAAGCUGGCCGCCCUGCUCUACGUCUCCUGCCACUCGGAGUUCAUUAACAAUGGGAGUAGGGCCAAUGCGGGUGCGGUGACUCAGAAUAAGGACACAAUCGAACGGGAGGGCGUUGUGAUUGGACUAAUUGGAGCUCGUUUCGAGCGUCCCGAUGUGAUGGAGUACCAGGAUAUCAUGAUUACCAAAACCCAAAACACUCGGGCCAAAGGCUAUGGUUUCGAUUUGGACAAGAUGUCCAGCGAGACGGCCACUCCUGCAUCAGAUUUGCGUAGAAUCUGGCGGGAGUUCUACGAGGAGCCCAAGGACUUCAUUUACGCCGACACUCCGUCUAAUCCUCUGCGUUUCGAAAAGGUUCAUGAAGGCUUCUUCGAUCACCAGGUAAUGCGCAAGCGAUAUGCCAUCAGUUUCGACACCCUGCUCUUGGAGGCACAGGACAGAGCAUUCAAGGCUGGUAAGCCCGCCUAUAUCCAUGUGGUGGGCAUCGGACUGGGCGUUUGGAAGGCAGCUAGUGAGCAGGAGCGCACCUUCCUUGAAUGCUUUGAGGGACGAUUGCGGUUUCUUGGAGAACGGCUCAGCUACAUCGGAGUGGUACACUUCUCAUGGUUCCAUCUGCCGCGUGUGGGCAGCAUUUACGAAGGAGCCAUCCUUCCCGUGGACAAACAUCCCCAGGGUGGCAUCCGCAUCCGCAAUUCGGUCAGAAAUCCCGGAGACAAACUAACCGAGGACAUGCUGCCCGUGGUGACCUACGCCUGGGAUGGAAAUGCCCUGCCUGGCAACGAAUUUUGGGAUAACAUGCUAGUCAGCACUGGGGAUCCAGCAGCAGCCUGUUCCACUCUAAUCUCUGAGCUCCAAAAUCCCCACAUCAAUGUGCACUACAUGAAUGGAGCCAAUCUGCACAUUGCAUCCGUGGAACACGGACUACUCCAUGUGGGCGACUACGCUAGGCGACUGAUUGACUAAAAACUAUGUAUCUAAACGCUAUGUAAUAUAUAUAUAUUAUUAAAAUAAAUAUAUUACGAUGGUGAUGGGGAUCAGC